AUGGAAGAUUUGAGUUUGAAUAGUUAUUCCAAUAAGAAUCUUGCUGAAAUUGCUGAUAGAGUUGUUGAAGAAUUCAGUGUUCUGCGGUUGCAAGGACGAUUGUGUGUUCCUGAUGUUGAUGGUCUUCGACAAGAAUUAAUGAUGGAAGCUCAUAGUUCCAAGUAUUCGGUAAAGGCUAAACAUCAAAGACCUGGUGGUCUGGCUCAAAAUAUCAAGAUUCUACUGUGGAAGUGGGAGGAAGGUUUGGGUACUAGAGUGAACUUGAGUACCGCUUUUCAUCCUCAAACUGAUGGGCAAGCAGAGAGGACUAUUCAGACUUUAGAGGAUAUGUUGCAUGCUUGUGCAAUUGAUUUUGGAGGAAGUUGGGAUGAAUACCUACCUCUAGUGGAAUUCGCUUACAACAAUAGUUAUCAGGGGGUAAUGCGUUUUGGCAGAAAGGGCAAGCUUAGUCCUCGCUAUAUUGGUCCUUAUGAGAUUACUAGAAGAGUUGGGAAUGUAACUUAUGAGGAAAGAUUACCGGCUAAGAUAUCAACGGUUCAUCCGGUGUUUCACAUUUCGAUGUUGAGGUUGUAUAAACCUGAUCCUUCUCAUGUGUUGAACUAUGAAGAGGUUGAGAUUGAUGAAUCUUUGUCUUAUGAAGAAGAACCAGUUCAGAUUUUGGAUCGCCAAGUUAGAAGGUUGAGAAUAAAGGAUGUUGCGUCGGUUAAAGUGUUGUGGCGAAAUCAUAAUACUGAGAAAGCUACUUGGGAAACGGAAGAGGACAUGAAGAAGAGAUAUCCUCACUUGUUCCCUAUUUUAGGUAUGAGUUAA